AUGGAACUCACCAUUUUCUACACCUCACUUGCUCUGUUUCUCAUCGUCCUCAUAAUCAUCAACAACAAAUACUUGUCAAAGGUAAAGAAAAUCCACCGCCUGCCCCCGAUCCCAGCUCCGGCAAUCCCGGUCCUCGGCCACCUCCACCUCCUCAAACGGCCCCUACACCGCACCUUCCACCACUUCUCCCAGAAACACGGCCCCAUCUUCUCCCUCAGCCUGGGCUCCCGCCGCAUGGUGGUGGUGUCCUCCGCGGCCAUGGCGGCCGACUGCUCCUCCGGCGCCAACGACAUCAUCCUCUGCAAUCGUCCCCACGUCCUCGUGGGCGAACACAUAGGCUACCGCCACUCCACCGUGUCCGACGCACCCUACGGCCCCCGCUGGCGGAACCUCCGCCGGAUGGCCUCCGAGGAGGUCCUCUCCCCCGCCCGACUCAACGCCUUCUCCAAAAUCAGAGAGGACGAGAUCAGGAGAAUCGCCCAAACCCUAAUUCGCCGCCGGGACAGAAGGUACGCAAAGGUGGAGCUGCGGCCAAUUAUCUUCGAAUUCAUCUUCAAUUCCGUGACCAGGAUGCUCGCCGGCAAGCGGUACAGGAACGAGAAAGAAAAGAAGGAAAAGGAGAGCUUGGGGGAGAGAUUUCGCGAGAUGGUGAGCGAGGUUCUCGAGCACGCGCAGUCGGCAAAUCCAGAGGAUUUUAUCCCUUUCUUGAGGUGGAUUGAUUACAGAGGACUGGAGAAGAAAAUGGCUACCCUUGCCCAAAAACUCGACGAUUUUUACACGGGUUUGCUGGAGGAGCACCGCCGUGACAAUAAGAGCAACGCAAGCAGCGUUAUCGGCCAUUUGUUGUCUCUGCAAGAAUCCGACCCGGAAUUCUACACGGAUCAAAUCAUUAAGGGCUUUAUAACCAACAUUAUGAUUGCUGGCACAGAAUCAUCUGCCGGGACUAUAGAAUGGGCCAUGUCCCUCUUGCUCAAUCACCCACAACUUCUCCGAAAGGCCCAAUCCGAGCUCGACUCGCGUGUCGGGCCUAACCGUCUGUUGGAAGAACAGGACCUGCCUCAUCUGCCUUACCUUGCUAACAUUGUCCUAGAGACGUUGCGAAUGUUUCCAGCCGGGCCCCUAAUGGUCCCCCGAGAAUCUUCGGCGGACUGUAAGGUCGGGGGCUUCGAUGUCCCGCGUGGAUCGAUACUUAUGGUCAACGCAUGGGCCAUCCAGAGAGACCCGGAUGUUUGGGCCGAGCCCACGAGGUUCAAGCCCGAGAGGUAUGAUGUGGAUCAGGUGCAAAAGUUGAUUGCGUUUGGGAUGGGGAGGAGGGCGUGUCCGGGGGCUGGUCUGGCCCAGAGGAUGGUGGGCUUGGGAUUGGGGGUGCUUGUUCAGUGUUUUGAUUGGGAGAGAGUGGGUAAGGAGGAAGUGGAUUUGGGUGAAGGAGGCGGGCUCACGAUGCUUAAGCUGGAGCCGCUCGAGGCUAUGUGCAGGCCGAGAGACAUCAUGUUAAAAGUUCUUCAACAAUGA